CUUGCUCUUGCCCGACCAUUAACGUCGCUGUAAGAGCUGCUGCCGCGCGGCUCCUAACCCACCACAGCCUGUGUGGUCAGCCGAGGAAAGGGCUGCUCCUCUGCCGCUCACGUUUCUCCGCCUGUACACAUACACGCACAGAGACACACAGAGCCUCCGAGCGCGUCUCCGCAGGCAUGAGACUCCGGCUGCUCCUGUGUGUCGUGUUUUUCCUCCUGGCGAGCCUCCUGCCUGCCGACGGACAGAGGACAGCCAACCUGGCCCUGCGCAGGAAGCUCCACCGGCACGGCUGCUCCCACCGGCGCUGCGUGCCGCUCCACUCCAGGGUGCCCUUCCCCUGAGUCCUGCCGGAGCCUGGCCCAGCAAUUGCAUAAUGGGCUUUCAGUGUUUUAAAGGAGCAACAAUUAAAUCGAUGGAGAAGUUAGUCAGCAGUCCAGAUCAACAACAGCUGACCUGAGAGAGCCACUGCAGUCCUGUCUUCAGCAAUCCUGUCUGCCACAUUCUGCAAGACCUGGAAGGCCCUUGCUCACACCUUAGAAAGUGGGGGGGGUAGAAAUGGAGGGUGGUGAUGGGAGGAUGUACAUGAAACUUACCUGGCUGAAACAUUCCAUACGAAUUCCUUGGCUCUCAUAAGGACUACUGAAAGCUGAAGACCAAAUCAAACAUCAGAUACCUGAGACAGAUUUUCAGUAGCCUUAAGAAGGAUCUGUACAAAGUGACUCUUAAUGGUCUAUACUGUUCAGGCUGAAACUGGAUGUUCUGUUGACUACUUAAUUCAGGCUGUGUAUAGGGCAGCAUUUAAGGUGAAACAUCAGACUCCAGCACAGAAUUGAGAAAGUCUGGGUUUUUUUGUUUAUACUUUAUAUAUUAAUAAUAUAUACAGCUAUAUUUUUACAGCUAACAUUACAUCUUUAUGGAAUUGCCUUAACAAUAAUGUAGAAUGUAUUACUGCUAUAGUACCAAAGUCAUCACUACACUACUGGUCCUUCUGGCUUCAUGUAUAGUAAGCACAGCAGGAGUUUACAAUGUAAGAAAGUGAAGAAAGUAUUAUCCCUCACUCUAUAGAUAGAGAAUUGAAGCACAGGGAGAUAAGAGAUUAGCCAAGGGUCAUGCAAAACUUUGAUAACUUGUAUCCCUGAACUCAGGCUUUAAGGUCAAGCCCAUCUUCCUGUCUAAUGAGCUGUUACUGCAAAGCCUAUCAUUUGUUUUCUUAAACUGGGCUGCCAAACCAGACAGCUGAAGCAUACUUGAAAAUUCAGAACUAUAGAACUAUUUGCUUAAUAGUAGUUUACCUAAAAUACCCACUACAGCAUUAUAAAUAGAGCAUAAAAAUAGACCAUUGAAAAGAAACCUUUGUUUGGUGAACCCCAGUGUUGCGUAGUACUCUAUUCCUGUAAUUUAAAUGAAUGGGAUAUCUGGAACACAGCACUACAAUGAAUGAGAACUUCAAACAGAAAACAGGCUGUUCUUUUCAGUACUGGAGGUCAAAAAUACAUUGAGCUUUUAUUUUAUGGUUUGUUUUCAAAAAUAUAUAUUUUGCAUGUUUUUAUAUCACCAGAAAUUCCAAACGUGCCUAUAAAGGAAAACAUGGUAGCCCUUUCAUUAGCUGAACUAAACCAAAUCUGAAAUAAGUCAUACCCAGAUAUUUAAGUCAUAACACUAGCGUUGCAAUGUCCACAUUUUUUAUAAGUUGUAUAAAGAUGAGUGAAGAUCAGCAGUGCCAUGGUUUAAAUCCAGUAUCAGAUUUUUGUCUUGCAACAUGGUUUCUAAUAACAACAGCAAUCAAGAAAAGUGGACAGCUGAAACUUUCUGAUCAGUGCCUGUAUCUAACCCCUCAUCUCUAAGAACUUGACACCUGAAUCAGAUUCACGCUGGCAGAGCUUAACAGAAGUUUCAAAUGUCUCUGUAUAGAGACAAAAAAAACAAAACCAAAACCAAACCCCCCCCCCCAAAAAAAUCUCCGAACAUCACACCUUAUUCCGGAGUUCUAGAAAAUCAUUAAAAGAAGGUCAAACUUAUCUACACCAACAGCCCUGCAGUUAAACCUUUGGAUUUUUGAGGGAAAAAAAACAAAACCAAAAAACCCCAAACAACAAAGCAGUUUUCAAAAAUCAGAGGCAACUACCAAUAAUUUUAUUUUUUUUUUUUAUCAUUUAACUUGGCUUUUCAUAUGUAUCCAUAGCUAUCUCUGUUUAGAAGUACAGGUAAAGAGUAUGAGAAAGCAAGAAAGGCAAAGAGUAACUAUUUUAACAGUUAUAAAUGGGUAUAUGGAUUUAAUGUGGCAUUGGAUAUUUUAAAUAACCAUAAUUCAGUUAACUUUGAUAAAAUCAUACAAAAAGCAUAAUGUAUCUUAGUAAAGAGCUAUAUAUGCACAUUGCUUUACAAAUGUAAAAACAAAACAAGUACCAAAGCGCCCUUGGAAGCCCAUUGUCAGUCUACAAAAUUAUUUUAAGUGUCCGUUCUUUUUAGACAUGCUGAUACCAUAGAAUCUUUGAAAAAGACAUUGAUUGUGAUUUUUGAUAGAUAAGUUUAUCAAUGAGCUGGCUGAUUGUAUAUUUUGUAAAAGAUGGUAUGCACUUCAAAUAAAAUCCUACCUUAAAUAA